GGUCAAUCUCGACACCGCGAACACAACUGCGACGAAUUAUUGCAUGGCCUCGAAGUUGGCUGAUAAUCUCCGUCCCCUACUUCAGUGCCUGGUGCACUUAUAGAAGCCUCAUGCUCCAGAUGAACCUCAGCACAGCAUGGUUGCCCCACGACAAAACGAAAGUUUCGGCUCGGUUGGCGAACUUGAUGCUGAAGUAGUAUCGGAGCUGAGGGACAGGCUGACAGAAGUCUCGAUAAAAUGCUCCGAACGAUGUUUGUACCAAUCAGCGAAAUGGGCAGCGGAGCUUCUCGAUUCUCUUCCCGAAGACGACGAUCCCUUUGAUGACUCUCCCAUGCAAGAUACAAAUAAUGUCCAGUCCUCGUAUCGACUAUUCUCAACCAGUUAUGAUGACCCUGAAGAGGCGGCACUGGAGGCCAAGGAGGCACCAAAGUACCUGCUAGCGAAAGCAUUCUUCGACACCAAGGAGUUUGACAGAUGUACAGCGGUAUUCCUGCCUCCCGCAAUCCCAGCUGGCGGUCUAGCAAUCUUCGACAAGCCCAAAAAGCGGACGCCUACAUCCACACCAUCUCGGACGAAGGGAAAAUCAAAAGAGAAUGGUGCAGCUACUGUCAGUCCGUUCCCGCGGCUCAGUCAAAAGUCUCUAUUCCUCGCACUUUAUGCGCGGUACCUCGCUGGAGAGAAGCGCAAGGACGAAGAAAGUGAGAUGGUCCUGGGUCCAGCCGAUGGUGGGCAGACGGUCAACCGCGAACUUCCAGCACUGGCAAGAGGAUUGGAAGCAUAUUUCCAAGUGCGAGAUGCCGCGGAUUCGCAACUAAAGCGAUCUCAAGGGUGGCUCGAAUACCUGUACGGCACCGUUCUGGCCAAGUCACGACAAGAACAACUUGCACAGCAAUGGCUUCUCCGUUCUGUGCGACUCAAUCCCUACCACUGGGGUGCUUGGGAGGAAUUGGCAACCUUACUCUCAUCGAUCGACGAUCUGAAUUCCCAACUUUCUCCUUCUGUCCUACCUCAGAACCUCAUGAGCAUCAUGUAUCAGGCCUAUGCCUCUGUUGACCUGUUCUCGACAAGCGACCAAUCGACAACAUUGAAUUACCUUCGAAUUCUCCUGAACUAUUUUCCGACCUCCACAUUUUUACUUACACAACUUGCUCUCAGCCACUACCACGCCAAAGAAUACGAGUCCUCUGCAUCCAUAUUUCAAGAGCUGCUAGUGGCCCACCCUCAUCGUCUUGACGGACUUGACCAUUACUCCAACAUUCUGUACGUGAUGGCUGAUCGACCCAAGCUAGCGUUUCUCGCCCAUCUCGCCACAUCCGUCGACAAAUUCCGCCCAGAAACCUGUUGUGUGGUGGGAAACUAUUACUCUCUUUGCUCCCAGCACGAAAAGGCUGUCAUGUACUUCCGGCGCGCCCUUACAUUGGACAGGAACUUUCUGUCGGCAUGGACACUGAUGGGUCACGAGUACAUCGAGUUGAAAAACACACACGCGGCCAUCGAAAGCUAUCGACGAGCCGUCGACGUCAAUCGUAAAGAUUACCGUGCUUGGUACGGUCUAGGCCAGGCGUAUGAAGUCUUAGACAUGGGCUUUUACGCUUUGUUUUACUACCAAAGAGCUGCCGGACUGCGCCCGUAUGACCCCAAAAUGUGGCAAGCAGUCGGGUCCUGUUACGCGAAAAUGGAACGACUGGAUCAAGCAAUCCGAGCUCUCAAACGCGCCCUUGUCGCGGGGACGUAUUUUGAAGAAUCACCUUCUGCCCAGUCAAGUUUCAAUGCAAACAGCAGCGUUUCAAGCAAUUUGGCUUCUAGCACAAAGCGUGGAAGAUCCACUCCCCAGACCAAACCAAACCAGCAGAAAGCCACCCGCAAGCUUCUCGAUCCGGAAACCCUCUACCAAAUCGCCCUGCUGUACGAGCGUGUUGGCGGUGCCGAAGGAGAAAAGGAGGCUGUGCAGUACAUGGAACUUUGUGUCGCUCAAGAAACUGGUGGAAGCCACAUGAGUGUUGUAAAGGCGGAGAAAGCACUUCGCAAGCGUCUGCAAAAGGAAGAAAGGAAAACUGCUUUGGCUGAAGAACGCCGAGCCAGAGCAGGCCGGAUGCGUGCGGAGGGUGUAGGAGAUAUGGAAGUCGACGCAGGACAAGAGGCAGCUGGUGCUGAUGAUGAUACGGAAAUCAUGUCGCCAUACUCCGCAUCUCCUGAUUCGCCGUCAGGGUCAUCACCGUCACCCUCUGAUGCCGAAAAUGCUGGCGAAAUACACGGGGAGGGUGGAGGUGAUGGCUUUGGCACCGGUACUACCGCUACAACCUCCAAAGCACGCCUGUGGCUUGCCCGCUGGUGCGUGAAACAAGGAGACCUGGACCGUGCAGAGAGACUGGCCGAGGAGUUAUGCAUGGACGGAUAUGAGGUCGAAGAGGCAAAGGGGCUGGUUCGAGAGGUCAGAGGGAGAAGAGAAGUGGAGGCGAGCGGAGCCAGUGUAGGCUUGGACCUGUUGCAACCACCGAUGACUUGACAUGCGACUUUGGGACUGUUGUGGGACGGGUAAAGAAAAGUGAUUCAUAUGGGCACGGCCUGGGUUGAACGAAUUAUGAGUCUACGAUUGAGUAUGACAUGGUUGCAGUCAAUUUGACGAUUUGUGCCGCACAAGGCUGUCUCGCCGGAGGGAGUGCAAAAAUGAGACCCUGGCAGAGACAGAUUGUAACAACAGCGCUCAUCCGCACUUGUUAUUAAAGCUUCCUCUCCCUGAAGCGUGCGCCGCAGCUUUCUGCAUGUUCUGUUUG